AUGAACUCUGAUAUAGUUCUGCCUACAGUAGACCAAGUAUUCGAGUUCCCAUUUGUCAAAAAGCGGACAGAGGAGGAAAAUUCACUCAAUCCCAUCGAGCGGAUGCAGAACCUUUUACAAGGUCCCUGGUUCCGCCCGGCUACUGAGAGAGUGUACUGGGGUGCCGCUGGUGUCCGCAUUACUGCUUUCCAGAUGCUCGCGGCCAACGUUGUGCUAGUCGUCCAGUUCGGUAACGGCAACGUUGUUAUUGGUCUCUUCGGCGUCGCGACCUGUGAUUUCCCCUCGAUGGCGUCUCCAGUUAAGUUUGCCCACGCGGAGUUAGGCAUCAUCUGCACGUACUAUGUCAACAGCGGCACCUUCAAGAUCGAGGCACAAUUAUCACCGCGCUCCUUCGUUUUGGCUCCACAAUGUCACUUGACUGGAGGCCUAGCGCUCUACGCCUGGUUCAAGUCCGAUCUCGCCGCGAAUGUCAAAGCGGGUGACUGGGUCCUCACCAUAGGGGGCUACCACAAGGCCUUCCAUCCACCCCGCCAGUAUCCUAUACCCCCUCGACUAGGAAUGAAAACGGCUAUUACCUGA